AUGUCGCAAGCACAACUUCAAAUGGUAGCUGAUUUGGAGAUGGAAAUGAUGUCUGAUAUGUAUCGGCGGAUGACGACGGCAUGUCAGCAGAAGUGUAUCUCAACUCGUUAUAGAGAGGGAGAAUUAACAAAGGGUGAAGCAGUUUGCUUGGAUCGCUGUGUUGCUAAAUAUUUGGAUGUGCAUGAAAAACUUGGAAAGCGGUUGACAUCAAUAUCACAGCAAGAUGAGAAACAAUUGCAGCAAAUGCAACAACAGUUGCAGCAACAAGUGAAAUGA